AUGUAUCGAGCGAGGAAUGAUCGUACAAGAGCGGAAAGCUCUCGACAAGUCCGUCGGAAGCGUGAGGAUGAGGAUAUCAUUAAGGUUCCUGAGUUCGACUACACUGACCUUGUUGAGAAAUAUAAAUUUUCGCUGGUGGGAAGGAUGUUUCACCAAGACGGAAGAAGCGUUGAUGCCCUAAUCAACCACAUGCCGAAACGCAUAAUUUGGGAUGUAGAAGGUCGAGUACGGGGAACUAACCUAGGCAACAACAAGUUCCAGUUCGACUUUGAUAAAGAGGAGGAUCUACAGAAGGUGCUUCUCCGUCGGCCCUGUCAUUUUAAUAGAUGGAGCUUCUCACUUGAGAGAUGGAAGCCUACAAUUCAAGAGGACUAUCCAAACUCUCUGUUGUUAUGGGUCACCGUUAUUGGAAUCCCAACUCAUUACAAGAAAGAUGAAUCCUAUAGGAGUAUUGGACAAGCGCUAGGAGAAGUGGAUAAAGUGGACGUGGAGGGUGGUAGAGUUCGGGUCCACAUAAAUGCAGAGGAGCCAUUGCAAUUUGAACGAAGAGCAGGAUAUGCGAAUGGAGAUGUGAUCAAGGUUGCCUUAAUAUAUGCGGAACUGCAUAGGCAUUGCUAUAUCUGUAAGCGAAUCUCGCAUGAAGAAGGCACCUGUCCUGAGCUAACUCCGGAACAGAGGGAAGCAAACCGUAUCCUCCGGCUAGAACAAAAAGAGAAGGAGGAGUUAGCGGCUAGAGAGGCAUUUUCUGUACCACUAAGAGGUCAUGAUACCUACAAUAAGAUUGAUAAUCAUACGAGAUACCCACGCGAGGCAAUUCUGCAGAGGAGAACCUCGGCUGAGCCUACAAGAAGAAGCGAGAAAACGAGAUUUGAUGAAGGCCGUAGACCAGAACAUGGAGAUUUAAGAGACAAUAUCUCGAAUAGGAGGGACAAUCUCGCAAAAAAUGUCUGGAACAGGCUUGACCAGAAUUACGUAGGAAAAAUUCCCCGAAAUCGGGAGAGACUCCACCCCUACGAAGAGAGUCUGAGAUACUUCAUAAUAAAGGAAAAUAUGGAGACUCUGCAUCAUCCUCCAGUUGGAGAGUAA